UGAGGUCUCCCCUAUUUGCCCGCAUCUCCCUCACCUUCACGUGUCUCAGGUUAGGGAGCGUGUGGAUGGUGCUGGGGCACAUGCAGUGAAGUUUUGGAUGCGGGCCUUUUCCCUGGCGAGUUGCUGUAGGGAGGGCUCUUUCCAGGUACCCUGUCCCUCAAAUAUAUUUUGCUUGUGGCUGAAGGCCUUGCCUGGGUGAAAGAUGCUGGGGGUGGGGGACCCCGACCCUGUUCCUUGGUAAUUUGGGUGGAGCACAUCUCCCUCGAGCGGCAUGCGUAAGCCUACUCGGACAGCACAGCUUUGUCGGGUGUCUAGAGGCUGGAGACCGUCCUGCAUGUCUCUAAUGUCCGGAAAGUUAUUUGCCUCCCAGAGUGCCUGUUCUGAAUAAGGGGCCACAGUUUCUGUCCAUGUCUAAAGUGCUCGUGUGUUUACUCCCUAAGGAUGACUCUUCCAAGAGAGAGUAUUUCUUGUAGGGUUUCUCCAUUGGGUUUCUGUAAGCAGAGGACAGUAUCCCCUUUUGCCCUGUGUGCCUCCUUGAGUAUUUUAGGAACAAGAGGUGUGUUUGGGAAGUAUUUGCAUUUCCUCUAAAAAAAGCCUCCUUCCCCCAGUGCUCUAAUUUAUGGUGAGGGAAGACAGGCCGAGAGGCCAUCCCAAGGCUUGGCAGUGAAGAAAGCAGCAUAAUUCACUUUUGGCCCUGGCAAACUGGCUAGCUCGUAUGGCUGGGAGGUCUCCAGUCAUUUUACCUGUAUACCUGUUGUUGAGUUUGGAUGUGGCCUCAAGGUCACACUGCAGUAACGUUGUGGAAUUGUGUGGGAACUGGGCCGUUCCUCUGGCUGGUCCAAUGCUAGAUCUGGAAGUGGUUCCCGAGCGUUCUCUUGGGAAUGAACAAUGGGAGUUCACCUUGGGAAUGCCUUCGGCUCAGGCUGUAGCCAUUCUUCAGAAACACUGUCGCAUCAUCAAAAACGUCCAGGUUCUCUACAGUGAGCAGUCUCCUCUUAGCCAUGACCUCAUCCUUAACUUGACUCAGGACGGAAUCAAACUGCUGUUUGAUGCUUUCAAUCAAAGACUGAAGGUGAUUGAAGUUUAUGACUUGACUAAAGUGAAGUUGAAAUAUUGUGGUGUUCAUUUUAACUCUCAGGCGAUCGCUCCAACCAUAGAGCAGAUUGAUCAGUCCUUUGGAGCUACACAUCCAGGAGUGGAGGCUGGACUAUCCGUUUUUCAGCAAGAUCGAAUCUACAACUCUGCUGAGCAACUUUUCCACCUCAACUUUAGAGGACUGUCUUUUUCCUUUCAAUUGGACUCAUGGACUGAAACUCCAAAGUAUGAGCCAAACUUUGCCCAUGGUCUUGCUUCUCUCCAAAUUCCCCACGGGGCAACUGUGAAACGCAUGUACAUCUAUAGUGGAAACAGCCUGCAGGACACCAAGGCCCCUUUGAUGCCUCUCAGCUGCUUCCUUGGAAAUGUGUAUGCCGAGAAUAUAGAUGUUCUGAGAGAUGGAACCGGACCCUCAGGUUUACGGCUUCGCUUACUCACUGCAGGCUGUGGCCUUGGUGUGUUAGCUGAUGCCAAGAUGCGGGUAUUUGAGCGCUGUGUGUAUUUCGGUGAUUCGUGCCAAGAUGUUCUGAGCACUUUGGGGUCUCCUCACAAAGUUUUCUACAAGUCAGAAGACAAGAUGAAAAUUCAUUCGCCCUCCCCUCACAAGCAGGUCCCAUCGAAGUGUAACGACUGCUUCUUCAACUACUUCACGCUUGGAGUGGAUAUCCUUUUUGAUGCGAAUACUCACAAAGUGAAGAAAUUCGUUUUGCACACCAACUACCCCGGUCAUUACAACUUCAACAUCUACCACCGUUGCGAAUUCAAGAUUCCACUAGUGAUUAAAAGAGAAAGCACCGAGUCACAGAUGGAAACCUGCACAACCUAUAGCAAGUGGGACAGUAUUCAGGACCUUCUUGGACAUCCAGUCGAGAAGCCAGUGGUCCUUCACAGGUCGUCUUCUCCAAACAAUACAAACCCUUUUGGAUCCACGUUUUGCUUUGGACUGCAGCGGAUGAUCUUUGAGGUGAUGCAGAAUAACCACAUAGCGUCCGUUACUCUGUAUGGCCCAGCAAGACCCAGCAACCAACUCAAAACGUCCGAUCUUCCCCAGUGAGCAAUAUCAGCCGAUUGAAGUGCUACAGAAUUAGUACAGCGUGCCUUGAUUUGCUGCCACUUGUCAUAGGGAAAAGCACGGGAUGGCGUGUGCAUGUGUUCGGGAAACUGUCUCUCGCCGCCGGUGCGUGGGGCAGGAUGGAAAAAGAAACCCUCCGGAUGGCUCGGCACAGGACGUAGAACCACGGCGUAGGGGCAGGGCACAGUGCCUGUGGCCAUUCCUGCUCCUCCUCUUGCCUUGCUUGCCCUUCCCUCUGCCGUGUGGAUAGACACAGACUGGUCCCUUCCUGAACUGGAAGAAGGAUGAGCUGAAGAAGAGAAAGCACACGCAUGACUGCACGACGUAGAAGCACAAACUCCCUGAGCCUGGAAGCAUCUGGAAGCAGGUAUUGGCGCCCCCCUCCCCCCGGGUCUGCGUUCAUGUUAACUGUCCUGCCGAUGGCGGUCGUUUUUUUUAGGGACAGCAGCGCGGGCGUGGGUAUGCACAUGCAGAACUUAUAUAUAGGUGUAUAUAUAAAAUGCGGUACAUGGGUAUUUCUGUGGCUUAAGGACAUCGUUCCAAAUGUGAGAAGUAUGUAUAUACGUGUCCAUGAUUUCAGGCAGCACAUAUUGUCUAACAUUGGAAAAAGUGCAAAAGCAGCAUGUGCAUAAGACUCGGUGGUAACAUUUUUGCACUACAUACACUUUAAUUACUUGAUAAGACAUUUUAAUCUUCACCGAGGAGCAUCUGUGUACUGGGUGUGAGUGGGGUGCAAUGGUUUAUUUAAUUGUUUGCCACACAUAAAACUUAUUUAUACAAGGGGAGAAGCUCCCCCUUUUUCUGCACUAAUAUUUACUUGACAUGCUGAAACAACUUAUUUUCUGCCAUGCCUGGUUAAUUAAGUUGAUAUAUAUAUAAUUUUGAGAAGGAAAAAAGAAGUCAAGUAGAUUCUUCCGAUGAAUUACAUUUUUCUUAAGGUUUUUGGUACCAUUUCUUUCUAUUGAAAACAGAGAAAGCAUUUGACCCUGUAAGAGUAAAGACAGCGGUCUUCUCUUGCAACUGUGUGAAAUGCAUCCCAUUAGAAUUUUGUUGCGCUUCCUGUCCAGUAGAGAAGGGGUCCAGCCACUGGGAAACGCUUCCACCUAAGUUGCAUUAGAAGGAAACGGAAGUUGCACGGCCUUAAUGUGAGAGAAACGUCCCAGGAGACGUCUGUGGAAUGUGGGCCUGGCAGUUGGCACUCUGGAGUGUUGUAUAUGUAGCACAUGGGAGUGGGGAAGGAAUGACCCCUUCUCCCCACCCCUCCUCUCUCUCUCUCUCUCUCUCUCUCCUUUAAUUUAAUGCCAAAUGGUUAGCCAAAGAGAUCCUUAAUCUAAUUUCACCAUCUCUGUACAUACACUGCAUCCCCUGUCCCUCCAUUCCCAGCGGACGGGAGUUCAGCUUCUUCAGAUUAAAAAGAUUCUGCUGCCGGCUGUUACCCCAAAGAGGAAAUCGCUCGGUGCACAGUUUCCUUGCCAGGCUUCUUGUCAGAAAAGUGAUCUGUCCGUCCGUCUCAGUCAUCUUUGAAAUAUUAACCCUUUUUAAAACAAUGGAAAGGAAAAAAAGAGAAAUGUAUACUUUUUCCCAUUUUUAAUAUUUUGGUGUAGCAACUUGUGAUAUAUACGAUAGAUGAUUUUUGUGAGUUUUGCAAAUGUGUGUACAGAUUUUGUAAAUACAAAACUUUUUUGUAAUUUUAACUCCAUGUACAGUGUAAUCUUGUAUAGCUUAUCAACGAAUGAGGAGUAGGAACUUUAGAACAGGAACUAAAAGUUUUGAAUCCUGGACCAGUAGCAGGGUAAAAUAUGGUGUGUGGCGUGGGUGUAUUUUGUUGUGUGUUCAUGUGAGUACCUGUGGUUUCCUUUUGCCCAUCUCGUCUUCCUAUAAUCUGUGACAUUCUGUCCUGUUCACUGAAGGAGAAAGAAAGGAAGCCUCACAGAAAAGAUCAUCGCUUGCUGAGAAAAUUCCCUGAUUCUCUUUUUCUUUCUCAUAGGAAUUCUGCUUUCCAUAAUCCUUCUGUAAAUUAUAUGAAGUACCUAAUUAGCAUGUACAUCGAAAGGACAAAUAAAAUGCAACUCAGUUGCUGUGUUUCAAUAUGCAGUUGCUGGGUGUGUGUAUUUUGCAAA